GCUGGGGCUGCGGGCCGGGCUGCGGCUGGAAGCGGGGGGCGCGGGCUGUGCUGCGGGGCCGGGCCGCCCGCUGGAAAUCGCAGCACAGCGUGUGAUUAGCACCGUUGGAAAUUUGUUUUCAGGAAACCUUAGAAACUAUUUGUUUCCAAAGUGUGCCCUUCCUGCCGGCUCUGUUGCAUUGUGCAGCAUUUGGGUAUAGCGGGAUGGAGCCCAGCAGAACCCUGAGUUCAGGCUCUAAAACACAGCAGGAAAAUAAGAGACAGUGAAAUAUCCACAGACAAAGCAGGUAUGGCCUCACAAGUCUUGGUCUAUCCACCAUAUGUUUAUCAAACCCAGUCAAGUGCCUUUUGUAGUGUGAAAAAACUCAAACUAGAACCAAGCAGUUGCGUGUACCACGAAAGAGCCUACCCACAAAUCUAUGUGAAUGGUAAAAACUUUGGAAUCUCUCCCCAUAGGGUUAGUACUUUCCUUCAGACUAAAAACCCAUUUGACAGACCUCGAGGACAGAACGUUUUGUUGCAGUCAAAUGCUGUUGCUUUAAAAAAUAUUGCAGGUGCUACAAAAGCGUUAGCAGCGCAGGCGCAGCAAGCUCACUUGGAAGCACCUCAGCCUGGGACACAAGGAAACAGAGUAGAUAUACUGGAAGGACCCCAGCGAUGUGGAUUGAAGCGUAAGAGUGAAGAGCUAGAUAAUCAAAGCAGCACGAUGCAGAUUGUUGAUGAACUGUCCAUAUUGCCUGCGAUGUUGCAAACCAAUGUAGGAAACCCAGUGACAGUUGUGACAACUGCUGCAACUUCAAAACAAACUGGUACAAGUGGAGAUGGAGACUACCAGCUGGUACAGCAUGAGGUUUUGUGCUCUGUGAAAAAUACUUACGAGGUUCUUGAUUUCCUUGGGCGAGGGACCUUUGGACAAGUGGUGAAGUGCUGGAAAAGAGGGACAAAUGAGAUUGUGGCAAUCAAAAUCUUGAAGAAUCAUCCUUCGUACGCACGCCAAGGACAAAUAGAAGUGAGCAUAUUAGCAAGGCUAAGUACUGAAAAUGCUGAUGAAUUCAAUUUUGUGAGAGCCUACGAAUGCUUUCAGCAUCGUAACCAUACUUGUCUGGUUUUUGAGAUGUUGGAACAGAAUUUAUAUGACUUCCUGAAGCAAAACAAAUUCAGCCCUCUGCAAUUGAAAGUAAUACGGCCUAUUCUACAACAGGUGGCCACUGCACUGAAAAAACUAAAAAGUCUUGGUUUAAUCCAUGCUGACCUCAAACCAGAGAACAUUAUGUUGGUGGAUCCUGUUCGGCAGCCUUACCGGGUUAAAGUAAUAGAUUUUGGGUCUGCCAGCCAUGUAUCAAAGACUAUUUGUUCAACCUAUUUACAAUCCCGGUAUUAUAGAGCACCGGAGAUCAUACUGGGAUUGCCGUUUUGUGAAGCCAUAGACAUGUGGUCAUUAGGGUGUGUGAUUGCAGAGCUGUUUCUUGGAUGGCCACUGUACCCAGGAGCACUGGAAUAUGACCAGAUUCGUUACAUUUCUCAGACUCAAGGUUUGCCAGGAGAACAGUUGUUAAGCAUGGGGACGAAAACUGCAAGAUUUUUCUGUAGAGAAACAGACGCACCAUAUUCUAGUUGGAGAUUAAAGACUUUGGAAGAGCACGAGGCAGAGACAGGUAUGAAGUCUAAAGAGGCCAGGAAGUAUAUUUUCAACAGUUUGGAUGAUAUAGUGCACGUGAACAUGGUGAUGGAUUUGGAAGGAAGUGACCUGUUGGCAGAGAAGGCAGACAGGAGGGAAUUUGUCAGUCUGUUGAAGAAAAUGUUGCUGAUUGAUGCUGAUUUAAGAAUCACUCCAGCUGAGACGCUGAACCAUUCUUUUGUUACCAUGAAGCACCUCCUCGAUUUUCCUCAUAGCAACCAAGUAAAGUCCUGUUUUCACAUCAUGGAUGUUUGCAAGUGCAGAUCAAAUUUAUAUGAUCUAAGCAACCGCAAUAAAACAUCGCUUAUGAGACCAGUUGCCUCAGGCAGUGCAGCUAAUCUGACUGCAAGCUUCACCAAAAUUGGCCCAUUAAGAAGCCAGGCUUUAACUGCAUCUGCCCACUCAGUUUUGCACCAAGGAAUACCACUGCAGGCAGGAACUGCUCAGUUUGGUUGCAGUGACAUUUUCCAGCAGACACUGAUUAUAUGUCCUCCGACUCUUCAAGGAAUUACUACAAACCAUAGUAAACCCACAAGUUUCUCCCUGAGGGUGGACAACGCCGUUCCGUUGGUGACCCAGGCCCAUGCAAUUCAGCCACUACAGAUUCGAGCAGGAAUCCUUUCUCAGACGUGGUCAAACCACACCCAGCAAAUCCUGGUUCCUGCGUGGCAGCAAGUGGCACCAGUGGCAGCCCCUGCGACAUCUCUAGCUUCUGAUCCUGUGGCUGGCCCACAGAGGCUUGGAGACUGGGGGAAGAUGAUUACCCAGGGCACUCAUUACAACUCAGUGAUGCCACAGCCUCUUUUAACACAUCAAAUAACCUUUUCUGCCCCACAGCCAAUUAGUGUGGGCAUUGCACAUGUUGUCUGGCCUCAGCCUGCAGCUACCAAGAGGAAUAAACUGUGUCAGAACAGGAGCAAUGCGUUGCAAAAUACCAAUAUCCAAAAUUCAGCCUUUAUAUCUCCAAAGAUAAUUAACCUGAAGGCUGUAAAGAGAAUAAGCUGUAUAGAAGCACAGGACAAUCAUAACUCAGAUGGACAGGAGAGUAACUGCUGCGAAGCAUCGGUCAGGCUGGAACCUGAUUCAUCUCUUCCCAACAAGCAGCGACAGGCUAUCUUCAUUGCAGGCUCCCCCAGCCCUGCAGUCAGUGUGAUCACCAUCAGCAGCGACACCGAUGAAGAUGACUUAGGUCAAACACGUUCUCUGAGAGAGUGCAAAGGUAGCCUCGACUGUGAAGCCUGCCAAAAUACUCUGAAUAUUGACCGUGUAUGUUCCCUAAGCAGUCCUGAUAGCACUCUGAGCACGAGCUCCUCAGGACAGUCCAGUCCAUCUCCUUGCAAGAGAUCCAACAGUAUGUCAGAUGAUGAACAGGAAAGUGGAUGCGAUACAGUGGAUGGUUCCCCAACUUCAGACUCUUCAGGACAUGACAGCCCGUUUGUCGAAGAUGGCUUUGUAGCUAAUAAUAAUACCAACAAAAAUAAGGAAGCAAGAGCAUCAGUUAAUUCUGAAACCAAAUCAGCUGUUUGCACAGUAGUGGUGCCACCAAUGAGUCUUGAAAGCAGAUUACGUCUUGAUGAACAGGUGGUGAACACAGAUGCUACUUGUCAGCCAUUGAAAAAUGGUCGGUCUGUCUUGGGAAGAAAAACCCAGUCUUCUGCUGUGGGAAACCGUCAGCAAAAACUGGCAUCAGCAUUCCAUCAGCAGCAUUUAAACUUCAGCCAGGUGCAGCACUUUGGAUCUGCGCCGCAGGAAUGGAAUGGGAACUACGCUCAUCGAAGGCAGCAGGCCUACAUCCCAGCGAGCGUUGCCAGUCAUGCUUUCUCCCUUCCUCAAGGAAGUCCAAACCCCACUACCGUGCACGCACAUCUCCCUGGAAGCACCCACCUGGGAGGACAGCCUGCUAUUCUUCCGUACCCAUCGUCGGCACCCCUUAGCACUGCUGCACCCGUUGCCCACCUCCUUGCUUCACCGUGUACCUCAAGACCCUUACUGCAACAUCCGACGUACAGCAUAUCUCACCCCAGUGCUAUAGUGCACCAAGUUCCAGUUGGCAUAAAUCCCCGCCUUUUACCUUCCCCAACCAUUCAUCAGACUCAGUACAAACCAAUUUUUCCACCACAUUCGUACAUUGCAGCAUCACCUGCUUACACAGGAUUUCCAUUGAGUCCAAAAAAACUCAGCCAGUACCCAUUUAUGUGAGAACUCAAGUAGAGUGUAUUGAGGAAGCUCAAUGAUACGGAAGUUUGACUUAAGAAGAAACAUGGUAUUUAUUAAAUAUUAGCCAUGGC